UUCCUUGGCCGAAGAGCUGAACUACUAGAACCAGACUGCAAGCUCUGGGAGGUGUACCCUGCCCCGCCCUGUCCUCCCCUAGAGGAAAUUCGGAAAAGGGUGGAGACGAGCCCAGAGACCAGCCUCUGGGUUCUCAAACCGCUACCCCGCGAUGUUGCUGCUGUGGAUGUCAGUGGUCUCAUUUUCCGCGCUGGCGGCACGCGCCCGUGGGGCAGGUGGGCAGAGUAGAAGAGCAACUCCUGCCUGGUCCAAGGCACCUAACGUGGUGCUCGUCAUGAGCGACUCCUUGGAUGGAAGGCUCACAUUUCAACCAGGAAGUCGAGUAGUGAAACUUCCUUUCAUCAGCUUCAUGAAAGCACAUGGCACUUCCUUUCUCAACGCCUAUACAAACUCUCCAAUCUGUUGCCCAUCACGCGCAGCAAUGUGGAGUGGCCUUUUCGCUCACUUAACAGAAUCUUGGAAUAAUUUUAAGGGCCUAGAUCCAAAUUAUACAACAUGGAUGGAUGUCAUGGAAAAGCAUGGCUACCGAACACAAAAAUUUGGAAAACUGGACUAUACUUCAGGACAUCACUCUAUUAGCAACCGCGUGGAAGCAUGGACAAGAGAUGUUGAUUUCUUACUCACACAAGAAGGCAGGCCUAUGGUUAAUCUUAUCCCUAAUAAAACUAAAGUAAGAGUGAUGGAAAAGGACUGGAAGAAUACAGACACAGCAGUAAAUUGGUUAAAAAAGAAAGCGAUUAAUUACACUCAACCAUUUGUUCUUUACUUGGGAUUAAAUUUACCUCACCCUUAUCCUUCACCAUCCUCAGGAGAAAACUUCGGAUCUUCAACAUUUCACACAUCUCUUUAUUGGCUUGACAAGGUAUCUUAUAAUGCCAUAAAAGUCCCAAAGUGGUCGCCUCUGUCAGAAAUGCACCCUAUAGAUCAUUAUUCGUCUUAUACAAAAAACUGCACUGGGAAGUUUACAAAAAAAGAAAUUAAGAAUAUUAGAGCAUUUUAUUAUGCUAUGUGUGCUGAGACAGAUGCCAUGCUUGGUGAAAUUAUUUUGGCUCUUCACCAGACAGAUCUUAUUCAGAAAACUACUGUCAUAUUCACAUCUGAUCACGGAGAGUUGGCCAUGGAACAUCGACAGUUUUAUAAAAUGAGUAUGUAUGAAGCUAGUGCCCAUGUUCCACUUUUGAUGAUGGGACCAGGAAUAAAGGCCAACCUACAAGUGGCAAAUGUGGUUUCUCUUGUGGAUAUUUAUCCUACUAUGCUUGAUAUUGCUGGAAUUCCUCUGCCUCAGAACCUGAGCGGAUACUCUUUGUUGCCAUUAUCAUCUGAAAAUUUUAAGAAUGACCAUAAAUUCAAACAUCCACGCCCACCCUGGAUUCUGAGUGAAUUCCAUGGAUGUAACGUGAAUGCUUCCACCUACAUGCUUCGCACGAACCAGUGGAAGUACAUAGCCUACUCUGACGGUACUUCAGUAUUGCCUCAACUCUUUGAUCUUUCCUCCGAUCCAGAUGAACUAACAAAUAUUGCUACAAAAUUUCCAGAAAUUACUUAUUCUUUAGAUCAGAAGCUUCGCUCCAUUAUAAACUACCCUAAAGUUUCUGCUUUUGUCCAUCAAUACAAUAAAGAGCAGUUUAUCAACUGGAAACAAAGUGUAGGACAAAACUAUUCAAAUGUUAUAGCAAACCUUCGGUGGCAUCAGGACUGGCUAAAAGAACCAAGGAAGUAUGAAAAUGCGAUUGAUCAGUGGCUUAAAACCCACACUAAAAAAGUUUGAACAAAAAUAAGAAAAUAAUGUUCUAGAGUGCCAUAUAAAUAUUUUUAAAGAGCAUAAUCAAUUAUGUACUUUAAAUAGUACAGUUUUAACAUUACUGAUUUUUAGUUAUUUUCAAGGAAUUUAUUAUAUUUUAAAAUAAAAUGCCAAUGAUUAUAGUAUUAUAUAUUUUCAAAAAUGUCUACUAUCAAGACUUAUUCUUACCAACUUCUAACAACAUAAUGGAAAUAUUAAAAGGAUGGAAGGAAAUACUAUAAUAUAAAACCAUAUUCCUCCAAAUUAUAUAGAAUAUCUUAACAUUUACUGAUUAUUAAUUAUGAACCAUAAAUUAGUUGUUUGUGAGUAUCUGAUGAGACAUAGACCAGUUGGUCAAUCCUGGCUGUGAUUAUUAUUUUUUAAAUAAGUAAAAUAUGCACAAGGUACAAAGUUUCAAAAGGUACAAAAAGGUUGACCUCAUGAAGUCUCCCUCCUUUCCCAGUGUCCCAGCACCCGGUUCCGUUUCUCAGAGGUGACUACUAUAACCAGCUUCUUAUGUAUACUUUUAGAGACAGACCAUGAAUUUACAAACAUAUAUAUUCUUUUUUUCCCACAUAAAUGGUAGCAUCCUAUACACAUUGUUCUGCAUCUUGCUUUCCAAUUAACAGUAUAGAAACAUAGAAGCGGAACUGCUGGGUCAAUUUGCUAGAGUGUAUCUACCAAAAUUACUCUAGAUACUGCCCAAUUACUUCUAAAGAAGUUAUACCAAUUUGUACUCCUACCAGCAGUACACAUCCUUGCAUCCUUGCCAAUACAAUAUUUUAGCAAAAAAUGUUUGUCAAUCUGAUAGAUAAAAUAUUUUAUCAUAAUUUUUACUGCUUUAUUAUGAGAAAAGGUAGACCAUAUUUUCAUAUAUCUAACCGCUAUUGGAAUUUCUUUUUCCAUGACCUUUCUGUUUGUAUUUUUUGCCUAUUUUUCUGUCUAGUUGUUGGUCUUUUUUUAUUACAGAUAUGCUUUAGGUCUUAGCUCUAUGCCUGUAAGAGAAGCUACAAAAAAUUUUUUUCAGUUUGUCAUUUUGGUCAUUUGUCUUUUCCCUUUGUUCUGGUACUUUUUGACAUGCAGAAAUUGUAUUAUCAUGUAGUAAAAUUCAUGAAUCUUUCCUUUUGGGCCUUAGAAUGUUGUGGCAUAUUUAGAAUGGUCUUCCUCACUUAUUAUCUUCUUUGAGGGUUAUAUUUUUCACCCUUAAGUCUUUUGUCCAUCUGGAAUGUAUUACAUAUUAAAAAUCUAAAUUUAGUUUAUUUGUUUUUUAAGAUGGCUACCCAAUUGAUCUUUUAUUGAGUAAAUUAUCUUUUGUUCCAUUGGUUUGAAAUGUCUCCUUAUUACAUAACUCCUUUUAUUAAAUAAAUUACCAUUUUCCCCAUUGAUUUGGAAUGCCAUUUUAUCAUAUACCAAAGUCCCAUUUGGGACCUUUCUGAACAUCUUAUUUUACACUAUCAUCGGUUUUCUUUUUCAGAAUUGUCCUAACUAAUUUUUCUUAUUUAUUUUGUCCAUACAAAUUUAGAAUAAGUUUGUCUAGUUCAAAAAAAUGAAAAAUUCUGUUAGUCUUUGUGGUAGGUUGAAUUAUGUACCCCAGAAAAACACAUGUUCUUGAUCUUGGUCCAUUCCUGUGCGUGUGAACCCACUGUAAACAGAAACUUUUGAAAAUGUUAUUUUGAGUUAAGGUGUUGUUCAAUUGAAUGAGAUGGGGUCUAAUCCUAUUACUGGAGGCUUUAACCAGAAAAAGCCAUGUGGAGCAGAAACUGGAAGUCAAUGAUGGAAGAGAAAGGAAAGGACACCACCAUGUACAUUGCCAUGUGACAAAAAUGCCAAGGACCAAGGAUCACUGGCCUGCCAGAACAAUACUGACCCCAGCAGGAAGCAGGCCUUCUAGAUCCUGAAACUGUGAACCAAUAAACUCCUGUUGCUGAGCCAGCCUACUGUAUGGUAUCUUUUUAGCAGCUGGUAAACUGGGACCAUAUUUUUAUGAAAUAAUAUUGAAUUUAUAGCCUAUAUAAGUUAUAGGGAGAACUGAACUCUUUAUGAUAUUCAGUCGUUCUAAAUAAGAAUAUAGUAUGCUUUUACCUUUGUUCAGAUCUUCUUUUAUAUCCCUCAGUAGUAUUCUGAGUUUUCUUUGAUAGAUUUUGAAAAGUAAGAACUUUUAAAAAUACCACGUGGGCUCACCCCACACCAACUGACUUAGAGCUUCUGGGGCUGGAGCCCAGACACUGUUUUAUCAUCAUUAUUGUUUUGCUUGUCAAGCCCUCCAACUGAUGAUUCUAAUGUGGAACUACAGGUGAGCUUAUUCCUAGUUGUUUUAUUAGUUGUUGUUGUUGCUAUUUUAAGUGGAUCUUUCUUCCAUUAUGUUUUCUAACUAGUUGUUGUUUAUAUAGCAAACUCUGUUUCUAUAUACUUAUUUUGUACCAAACCACCUUAUUGACUUUUUUAUUGUUCUAAUAGGUUUGCAAUUGAUAUAUCGUGUUUUCCAGAUUAAAAGCUUACCUGCAAAUAAUAAUUUUUACCUAAAUUAGUUACUUUUUCAAACUGCCUUUGAAGUUUUCUUCAUGAGCCACUUCACCUCCUUUAUUUUGUUUACUGCCCUUGAGUGAAUUUGUAUGAGCUUAUCUUUAUAUUUAUGAUUGAAUUUCUGAGAAAUAAAUUUCUGU